AUGGUAACUGGGGGCCAUGGGGCCCCCCCAGCUCCUGCUCCGUUACCUGUGGGUUGGGGAUUUCUGAAAUGCUCAGACAGUGUAACAACCCAGCCCCUAAACAUGGAGGUCUGCCCUGCUCUGGAUCAAAUAAAGACAAAAAAAUCUGCAAUACCAAAAACCAUUGCCCAGGUAAAGUACUGACAGCCGGAGAAGAACCCAUUCCCUCUGCUCAUUUCAUCAAUUAUUUACCUCUGAGCAAAUAUUGUUUUUAGCAGAUGAGUCAUUUGAUCAAAUGUAGUCUCUCUUGAGAGGAUUAUAGCUUUCACACAGCUGAUGUUCAGUUUAGAUUUGUAUUUUGUCACUGUAAUUAGAAUAAUAUUAUACACUUUUAUAGUAAUACUAUUACUGUAUAUGGUACUCUGUAGUGAAAACAUUGUAUCCUUCAAGUCCUCCUAACAACUGAAAGACUUCCCAUGAGGAUAAUGGUUAUUUCUUUGUCCCACAGUGGAUGGUCAGUGGUCACAGUGGGGGAGAUGGGAAGAAUGUAAAUCUAAUAGAGGAAAGAUUCGUUGUCGAAAAAUUGGUGGACAGCAAAGACGGCAAAGAUGGUGUGAACACACAGGUUUUGAUGGGAAGGUGUGUGAAGGAAAGAUUACAGACUACAGGGCCUGCUAUGACAUAAAAUCAUGCUACUGUGAGUUAAACAAGAUUUAGCUUCCAUUGAUUAAGCUGUGUUGUUUGCUUUCUUUCAUGACAUUUUAUUCAGUCCAAGUGUUAUAUGUUUUUGCAGUGAUAAUUGGAUAAUACAAAUUCUCAUUAUGCAUUUCAUAUGCAGUAGGCUAAAGGCAUCCACAUACAUAGGUUUGGUUUGCUCCUUGCAGAACUCGGCUAGGCGAAGUGAACAUCUGUGCUCGCAUCCUCCCUUAAAAUACCUUCGCUUGAAAAACGAGAAAAAACUGCAAUAUUACUGUUUGUCCCACUUGAGACGCCGUAGCAACAAGUACAUUUCCUGAAAAUAGUCAGAAUGUGAGAGUGUGAUUUGAAGGAGUCAGGCGCAGGAGGGUAAAUCACUGAAUACAGAGUUUAUUCCGUAGUACACAGUUACGCUGGAUAGCGUCAACAGCACGGUGCGUAAUACAGGCGCACUGGAACACAUUACAGGCGCACAGGGAUAAAUAACCCCGGCAAAACAAAGUACAGGGAGCUCAACCGAGCUACACUCAUCUUCACAUAAAACAAUCACCCACAAGGACAAGGGGGCAGAGGGAACACUUAUACAUGUACUAAUGAGGGGAAUAUGAACCAAGUGUGUGUAAUUGACAAGACAAGACAAAUGGAAUGAUGAUAUAUGGAGCGGCAGUGGCUAGUAAGCCGGUGACGACGAACGCCGAAACCUGCCCGAACAAGGAGGGGAGGCAGCCUCGGCGGAAGUCGUGAUCUAAGAUAACGUUUUCACGUUUUUGCAGAGGAGGUCUUAGUCACGCAAUUAGACAUUUAACUAAGAUGUUUGGUGCAGUAUUUCUCAAGUGAGAAAAUGUGCAUGAAAACUAGUCAUCUGUUGUUGAAUGACAAACACUUCAUAGAAUAAUCCCUACUGUUGACAAAUCACUGAUGAAGGGACUUCAGCUACCAAACUCCGACAAGCCUAAAAAAAAAAAAUGUGUGUGCUCGAACAGCCGGGAAAAAACAGCCUAAUGCUGUCUAACACCAAAAUGAACAAAAACGUCACAAAAUGUUUUCAUAAUAUAUGUGUGAACUGUUUAGACUGGGAAACAUAUGGUAAACUUAAGAAGUAAUGUUCCUCACAUAAUGCUUCACUUGUGUUUAGUUGAUGGUAAGUGGAGUGAAUGGAGUGAGUGGAGUCAGUGUGAGCCCCCCUGUGGAGAAGGAGCCAAAAGGACCAGAGAACAAAAGUGCAUACCUGAUCUGUCAGAAUACAGGUAAGGAGACUGUAUAAAAUACUAUUCACUGAUUAACCAAGUAGUUUGUGUGUAUCUGCUCCUAUGUAUCUGGUCUCUGUGGCACAUUCAGGAUUAUUUGGUGCAGUGUGAAAUAUGUGCACUCUGCUGUGUUUUGGUGUGUCAAGUGUAAAUUAGGUGAAUCUAACUCUUUUUAUUUGCUAUUUGUUUCCUUGCCAGUGAGACAGUAGGGUUUCCUAUUAAGGUUAAAGCAUACUUUGAAGGGACGCCAUUUGCGAACUGCACACUGUUGAAGGACCCAAAACAGAGUCUGGCCUGUAUGAAUGUUCCUCCAUGUGACACAUAG